CGCCCAAACAAGCGCGUGCGGAAACGGCCACGGAGUUUCGACAAAAGUUCUGUAAACAAAUGAGCUACUUUUGUCAAAUAUUACAUCUUUAAAAACAUGCAUUUUUUUUUACACGUUAUUAGAAAGCGUCUUUCUGAUCUAAAUGCUUGAAUUCUGUGUUGUAUUUAUUGAUCAAUGAUCUCGUCACCUUAAAGAGAUGGCUGGAAAAAAGAAGGAAGUUAAUUUACAGGUAUCCAUCAGUAACGACGAGCAAUGGGGCGAGAUGCUGGCCACGAAAGGGUUAACAGUGGUGGACGUGUUCCAGCAGUGGUGUGGACCAUGUCGUGCUGUUGUCAGCCUGUUCAGAAAAAUCAAAAAUGAGUUGGGAGAUGACCUGCUGCAUUUUGCCAUAGCAGAAGCUGACAGCAUUGAAGCAUUAGAGAAGUACAGAGGAAAAUGUGAGCCCACCUUCCUGUUCUAUGCUAGUGGGGAGCUUGUGGCUGUCUUGCGAGGUGCGAACGCUCCUCUCCUGCAGAAAAUGAUAGUGGCCGAACUGGCUAAAGAGAAAAAGGUGCUCGAGCAGGGCAUUAAGCGAAUUGCGGUGGAGGAUGAUGGGUUAACUGAUGAAGAAGAAGUGCCGGAGGAAGCAGAAGCUCAUCAGCAUGAGGAUGGUCUUGUGCCUGCUAACAGGUCUUACACAGUGGGAAUCAUUAAGCCUGAUGUUGUUGCACACGGGAAGACAGAGGAGAUUAUUAUGAAGAUUCAGGAUGCAGGCUUUGAGAUCCUGGCUCACGAAGAGCGCACUCUGAGCGAGAUGGAGGCUCAGAAGUUUUAUCAGCACAAAGCAGCAGAGCCAUACUUUCAGGAGCUGACACGUUUCAUGUCCAGUGGCCCCUCCCAUGUUCUGGUCAUUUCUAAUCCUGAGGGUAGUGAUGAUGUCAUCUUAGCCUGGCAGGCAUUCCUAGGACCAUCAGAUAUAGAAGAGGCCAAGAGAAAGCAUCCAGAGAGUCUGCGAGCUCAGUACGGAACUGAGGGUCUCUUCAAUGCUCUUCAUGGUAGUCGUGAUAGUGAGGAGGCUGGCAGGGAGCUGGCCUUCUUCUUCCCUAACUUCGGACCUCCAGAACCGGAACCGACGCCUGUGGAGAGGACUCUGGCACUCAUUCGGCCUGACGCAGCCAGAGAAAACAGAGAUGAGAUCCUAGCAAGGAUCCAUGAGGCGGGAUUUUCAGUGGUCAUGCAGAAAGAGGUGACAUUAACAGAGGAACAUGUGCAACAAUUCUAUGGUCAGCACCAAGAUGAGGAAAACGUCCAAGCACUUCUCAGUAACAUGACCAGUGGCCCUGUGCUGGCUCUGGUCCUGGCUAAACAUGGCGCUGUGGAGCACUGGAGAAAUCUGCUGGGACCCAAAGACCCAAGGCAGGCAAAGCAGGAACAACCAGACUGCUUGCGAGCUCAGUUCACAGGGGAAAUCGAGUGUGUGAACCAGCUGCAUGGAAGUGGGAGUGUGGAAGCAGCUGAGCGGGAGAUCUCCUUCUUUUUCCCUAUAGAGUGCACGCUGGCUGUUAUCAAACCUGACACUUCAGAGGAGAUCAGAGAGGAGAUCCUGGGGGAGAUCCAAGCUGCAGGGUUCACCAUCACUCAGGAGAAGGAGAUGGUUUUUCCCAGGAAGAUGGCCGAGGAAUUCUACAAACAGCACAGGGACAAGUCUUUCUUCAACCAGUUAAUGGACUACAUGUGUCGUGGUCCAUGUACAAUGCUGAUUCUGUCUAAAGAGAAUGCAGUAGAGGAGUGGAGGAUGAUGAUGGGCCCUGCCGACCCCAGUAAGGCAAAAGAGACAGCACCAAGUUCACUGAGAGCUCGCUUUGCUAAGGACAUCCUGGAGAAUACAGUGCAUGGUUCAUCUAACUCGCAGCACGCACAGGAGAAAAUACAGCUUGUCUUCGGGGAGAUCAGCUCAGAGAGUCAAGUUAUCAGUACAGGAGAUGACGAUGAGCCAAAUCCAUUAGAAACAGAAAGCUCCACCGAGCUGAAGAACCUCCAGACAUCCGGAUCAUCCUCAUUUAGUGAACAACAGAACCGAACUGAGUCAAGAAAUGAAGGGGAACAGACUCCCAAUCCAGAUCAUCAGGGCCAGUCUUCAGACAGAGUGGAGGAGUCCUGAACAGACUACAAGCCCUGUGCUUCAUCAUACUGUAUAGGAUAUGUCCAAAAGUUUACCAUCACACCUAUAUGUGGCUGUUUCCCAAACUGUUGCCCCAAAGAUGUAAGCAGUCAAUUGAAUAGGCUGUGUUGUAGCAUCACAAUUUCCUUUCCUUGAAACUAAGAGGCAGAACCCUUUUCUAACAUGACACUGCAUUUGUUCACAAAGUGAGCUCCAUGGGUUGCCAAGUUUGAAGUAAAAGAAUGUGUAUGUCCUGCAUGGAGUCCUGGCCUCAACCCCACUGAACACCUUUGGGAUGUGAAAAGUCGAUUGUGUACCAGACCUCUUCGCCUAAUGCUUUUCAGGCUGAAAACCUCAAAGCCAUGCUCUAAAAUCUAGUGGACAGCCUUCUCAUAAGAGUAGAGGUUAUUAUAACAACAAAGAAAAUCUGGAAUGGGAUGUUCAACAAGCACAUAAAAGGUGUGAUUGGUCAGGUGUCCACAAACUUUUGUUCAUAUUUAAUCCUAGCAUACAUAGAAGAGAGGGUUUGUAAAGAAAAGAGCUGGAAUUUCAUUGGCAGUUCAGAUAAACGUGACCAAAUGAUGGUUAUAGAAUCAUGGGCACAUUUACAUUUUUGCCUGUUAUAAGCAUUAUGUCAUAAUUUUUAACAACUGUGUGACUUUCCUCUAAUAGGUAGAAAACAAUCUAGAGCUGUAUGAAUUUCAGUUUUCAAUCAUUGU